GCACAAUGGAAAAAUAUAAAUACAAAUUUAAUAGAUUUAUUAGUUGAAAAGGGUCCAAUUAGAGAAAUCAAUAUUUCUUUUCCAAAUGAUGAAAAUUCUAGACAUUUUUCUAUGAUUCAUUACAUUCGAAAAUUACCAAAUGGAGAAAAACAUGAUAGAAAAUGGUUAAUAUAUUCAAAAGAAUUAGAUAAAGUAUUUUGUUUUUGUUGUAAAUUAUUUAGUCAAAAAUCAAUUACAAUUCAAUUAGCAAACGAAGGGUGUCGUGAUUGGAAAAAUCUUAGUGCCAAGCUUAAAAGUCAUGAAACAAGCAGUGAACAUAUUAUAAAUAUGAAUAUUUGGUUUGAUAUUGAAAUGAGAUUGCUUAAAAAUAAAACCAUUGAUCAAAAUUUACAAGAAAAAAUAAAUAAGGAAAAAGAACAUUGGAAAAAUGUAUUAAUAAGAAUUAUUGCUAUAGUUAAAAAUCUUGCAAAAAAUAAUUUGGCAUUCCGUGGCACAAAUGAGAAAAUUUAUCAAGAUAACAAUGGAAAUUUUUUAGGUUUAAUUGAAAUGAUAGCAGAAUUUGAUCCUAUAAUACAAGAACACCUUAAACGUAUUCAAAAUGGUAAAAUUCAUAAUCAUUAUCUUGGUCAUAAUAUACAAAAUGAGUUAAUAAAUAUAUUAGGAAAAGAAGUAAAUAAUAUUAUAAUUAAAAAAAUAAAAGAAGCAAAAUACUUUUCAGUUAUACUUGAUUGUACUCCUGAUGUAAGUCAUCAAGAACAAAUGUCUCUUAUAUUAAGAUGUGUAGAUAUUUCAACAAGUCCAAUCAAAAUAGAAGAAUAUUUUAUAGAAUUUUUAAAAGUAGAUGAUACAUCAGGAAAAGGUCUUUUUGAUACACUUAUUAAUAUACUAAAAAAAAUUGAACUGGAUGUGAAUGACAUAAGAGGACAAGGAUAUGAUAAUGGAGCUAAUAUGAAAGACCAUGUUUCUAAUUUAACUCUUAAACCAUUAUCACAAACACGUUGGGAAAGUCAUCUUGAAAGCGUUAAAGCAAUAAGAUAUCAAGCUCCACAGAUAAAAGAAGCUUUAUAUAAACUUGCAGAAAUUAGUGAUGAUCCUAAAACAAAAAAGAUUGCAAAUGAAAUGAAUAUAGAGCCAAAAUUUCGUGAAAAACGUGUAAUUAGAAGAAAUAAACGAUUUGAUGAGAAUAAAAUUAAUGAAGUGAAGCUUUCACCUGAAGAAUCUUUUAAAAUUAAUUACUUUAAUUAUAUUAUUGACCAUGCCAUUUCUUCACUUCAAAGUAGAUUUGAACAAUUUAAAAUAUAUGAAGAUAAUUUUAAUUUUUUAUAUGAUGUAGAAAAGUUAAAAUUGCUUGAUGAUGAGUUUUUAAAAAUAAAAUGUUUAAAUCUUGAAAACUUUUUAACACAUGACAUGUUAUCCGAUAUUGAUGGUUUAGAUUUAUUUUUAGAAUUAAAAGUUUUAAGAGAAAUAAUAAAUCCAGAAUUAAAAACCGCACUUGAGGUAUUGAACCUUAUAAAAAAAUUAAAUUCUUUUCCUAAUGCAUGGAUAGCUUAUAGAAUAUUAUUAACUAUACCUGUUAGUGUAGCUUCAGCAGAAAGAAGUUUUUCAAAAUUAAAAUUAAUAAAGUCUUAUUUACGUUCAACAAUGUCUCAAGAAAGAUUAAAUAAUCUAGCAAUUUUAUCAAUUGAAAAAAAAAUAUUAUCAAAACUCGAAUAUAAAAAUUUAAUUAAUAAU